UAAGGAAUCGUAACCAUGUGCGCAUGCGCAGGCGCGUGCUCGUCGCGGCCGCUGCGGGUUUUGCGCACACGCCGCACAGGGACGCGACGCGACAGUUGCGGGGGAAUCCAUAGCAACGGCGGAUAAACAUGAGUUACUACAGCAGACCCUCCAGUUCCUCCAGCUUUGCGUCCACCGCCACGACCAGUACGCUGGAGGAUGAUAGUCUGAACCUCAGACAGCAGAAACUGGAGAAACAGAGGGCGCUGUUGGAGCAGAAGCAGCGACGGAAGCGCCAGGAGCCGCUGAUGGUCCAGCCGAACCCUGAGGGCCGUCCUCGGCGCUCACGACCCCGUCGCAGUGAAGAACAAGCGCUUCUCGUCGAGCCACACGUCAGCACGGGCAGUGACAUCAUCCUAGACGGCAUCGACGGGCCGGCGGCGCUGCUGGGAUCCGAGGCUCCGGAUCUGGGAAGUAAGAUCCAGGUUCUGUCCGUCAGUCAGACACAACAGUCCUCGCCGCCCACCGCAGAAGAGCCGGAGACCGACGCCGACACCGACACACUGCUGGAACCCAAGACGGACAUACACACACUGCUGCAGAGACGUGGACUCUCUGGCAGUAUGAACUACGAUGAGGCCAGCGAGGAUGAUGAGGAUGAAGCCGAAGAGCGAAGCCGAUCGCUUUCCCCGAACACAGAGAACACGCGACCUGCGUCGGCCUCCAGCACUAAAUCCACCACGGAGUGUAUCCCGGCGAGUUCUCCAUCGGCCGAGGGCUCCUCCGUCGAGGUGGAUAAUCUGGAGGAGUUCGUGCUUCGUCCGGCUCCGCGGGGCGUCACGCUCAAGUGCCGCAUCUCCCGGGAUAAGAAGGGCAUGGACCGCGGACUCUACCCAACAUACUUCAUGCACCUCGAGAGAGAAGACGGCAAGAAGGUGUUUUUAUUGGCUGGACGCAAGAGGAAAAAGAGCAAGACUUCGAACUAUCUGAUCUCUGUAGACGCCACAGAUCUGUCCCGUGAGGGCGAGAGCUUCAUAGGGAAACUCAGGUCUAAUCUGAUGGGGACGAAGUUUACCGUGUACGAUAACGGCACGAACCCUUCGAAAAGCCCCGGAGCGCUGCUGGAGGAGAGCAACACACGCCAGGAGCUCGCCGCCAUCUGCUACGAGACUAAUGUUCUGGGCUUCAAAGGGCCGCGGAAGAUGACUGUGAUCAUUCCUGGCAUGAACAUGAAUUUCGAACGGGUCCCGGUUCGGCCCCCUUGUGAGCAGGAGUCUCUGCUGAGUAAAUGGCAGAAUCAUUCCCUGGACAAUCUGAUAGAGCUGCAUAAUAAAGCGCCGGUGUGGAACGACGACACUCAGUCAUACGUGUUAAACUUCCACGGUAGAGUCACUCAGGCGUCCGUCAAGAACUUUCAGAUCGUCCACGACAAUGACCCGGAUUACAUCGUGAUGCAGUUUGGCCGUGUGGCGGAGGACAUCUUUACUCUGGACUUUAACUACCCCAUGUGUGCCCUGCAGGCGUUUGCUAUCGGCCUGUCCAGUUUCGACAGCAAACUGGCCUGCGAGUGAAUCUGUGACACGACACACACGAACCUCUUCCACUCAGGACACUAAAGCACAAUCGUCUCGUUACGGAUUUGUGCUCCAUAGAUCACAAACAAGGACCAAAUUAAUCCGCUUUUGUAAAUGAAACGCAUCAAACAUUCGUGAGAUAUCAUGCGAGUUAUUCACCCGCUUUCUCUUUUCCGAAAAGAGAAGAUGCACGGGAUUUAUGCUUUAAUUGGACCAAUAGAAAAGACACUGUGGGAUAUUGUGCAACGGAGAGAUUUUCAUGAUAUUUUCUGUGAUGUUAUGAAAGUGUCUGAUGGAUUUGAGAAGGACGUCUAUAGGGAGAAUCUCACAGGGUUAGUUCACUUUAAAAUGAAAAUUAAGUAAUUUACUCACCCUGGUGUUGUUAAAAUGCCGUUUGCCCUUCUUUCUUUUUUGGACCAGGAAAGGAGAAAUGUUAAAAAAUGUUGUUCUUCCAUAUAAUGGCAGUGAAUAGCGACCAGAAUCAAGCUUUA